AUGCAUCAGAAAAUUCAUAUUACAGAGAAACUCUUUAAAUGUAAUGAAUGUGGGAAAGCCUUUCAUUGCAACUCGGGUCUUCUUAUGAUCCAGAGAGUCCACACUGGAGAAAAAUCCUAUACUUGUAAUGAUUGUGGUAAAACCUUUAGACACAGGACACUUACUAAUCAUCACCAAAUUCAUACCGGAGAAAAUCCCUAUAAAUGUAAUGAGUGUGGAAAAGCCUUCAGCUUCAAUUCAAGCCUUACUGUACAUUGAAGGAUUCAUAGUGGAGAGAAAUCCUAUAAAUGUGAUGAAUGUGGGAAAGCCUUCAGAGAGAGAGGAAGCCUUAAUAGACAUCAGAAAAUUCAUAUUGGAAAAGAGAAAUCCUAUAAAUGUAAUGAAUGUGGGAAAGCCUUCAGCCAAAAAGGAAACCUUAAUAUGCAUUUGAAAAUUCAUACUGGAGAGAAACGCUUUGAAUGUAAUGAAUGUGGGAAAACCUUUAGCAACAAUUCAUGCCUUACUCUUCAUCAGAGAAUUCAUACUGGAGAAAAACCCUUUGAAUGUAAUGAAUGUGGUAAAGCAUUUAGCCAGAAAUCAAACCUUACUCUACAUAAGAGAAUUCAUACUGGAGAGAAACCCUUUGAGUGUAAUGAAUGUGGGAAAACCUUUAGUCAGAAAGGACACCUCAUUGAACAUCAAAGGAUUCAUGCUGGAGAAAAACCUUAUAAAUGUAACGACUGUGGGAAAACCUUCAGCCAGAGGGGAAAUCUUAAUGAACAUAAGAGAAUUCAUACUGGAGAAAAGCCCUUUGAAUGUAAUGAAUGUGGGAAAGCUUUCAGCCAGAGAGGACACCUUACUGAGCAUCAAAUAAUGCAUGAUGGUGAUAAACCCUAUAAAUGUAAUGAAUGUGGAAAAGAGUUCAGCCAUAGAACAUCCUUUAUUUAUCAUCAGAGAAUUCAUACAGGGGAAAAGCCCUAUGAGUGUAACGAAUGUGGGAAAACCUUUAGCAAGAACUCAAACCUAACUCUCCAUCAAAGAAUUCAUACUGGAGAGAAACCUUAUAAAUGUACUGAAUGUGGAAAAGCCUUUAGCCAGAGAGGGCAUUUUAAUGAACAUCAAAGAAUUCAUGCUGGAAAGAAACCCUAUAAAUGUAGUGAAUGUGGAAAGGCCUUUAGCAAGAACUCCAACCUUACUCUACAUCAGAGAAUUCAUACUGGUGAGAAACCCUAUGAAUGUAGUGAGUGUGGGAAAGCCUUCAGCAAGAAGGGUCACCUUACUGAACAUCAGAGGAUUCAUGCUGGAGAAAAACCCUACAAAUGUAAUGAAUGUGGAAGAGCCUUUAGCCACAAAACAACCUUUAUUAAUCAUCAGAGAAUUCAUACUGGAGAGAAACCCUAUGAAUGUAAUGAAUGUGGGAAAGCCUUCAGCCAGAGAGGGAACCUUACUGAACACAAGAGGAUUCAUACUGGAGAGAAAUGCUUUGAAUGUCAUGAAUGCGGGAAAGCAUUCACUCAUGGAUCAUCUUUCAUUCAUCAUCAGAGACUUCAUAAUGGCGAGAAACUUCAUAAAUGUAAAGAAUGUGGGAAAUCUUUUAGCUGCAGUUCAUCUCUUAACUAUCAUCAUAAAAUUCAUACUGGAGAAAAACCUUACGAAUGUGAAGAAUGUGGAAAGGCCUUUAUUCUCCGAGCACAACUUACUUCACACCAGAGAAUUCAUUCAGGAGAGAAACCGUAUAAAUGUACUGAAUGUGGAAAGACUUUUAGGUCCAACUCAUCUCUUACCUACCACCAGAAAAUCCAUACAGGAGAGAAACCUUAUAAAUGUAAUGAAUGUGGAAAGGCUUUCAGGUCAAAAACACAGCUCAGCUCCCAUCAGAGAAUUCAUACUGGAGAGAAACCUUAUGAGUGUAAUGAAUGUGGUAAGACCUUUGCCCAGAGUACACCACUUACUACCCACAGGAGAAUUCAUACUGGAGAGAAACCAUAUGAAUGUAAUGAAUGCUGCAGAGCCUUCAGGCGUAGAGCACAUCUUAUUCAACAUCAGAGAAUUCAUACUGGAGAGAAACCUUAUAAAUGUUAUGAAUGUGGAAAAGCAUUCAGUGUUGACUCCUACCUUAUCAAGCAUCAGAGAAUUCAUACUGGAGAAAAACCCUAUAAAUGUAAUGAUUGUGGGAAAGCUUUCAGACAGUUAGGAAACCUUAAUCAACAUCAGAGGAUUCAUACUGGAGAAAAACCUUAUAAAUGUAAUGAAUGUGGGAAAGCCUUUAGUCAGUGGGGUCACCUCAAUCAACAUCAGAGAACCCAUACUGAAGAAAAACCCUUUGAAUGUAAUGAAUGUGGGAAAGUCUUUAGGCAACUGGGUAACCUUAAUCAACACCAGAGAGUUCAUACUGGAGAAAAACCAUAUAAAUGUAACCAAUGUGGAAAAGCUUUUAACAACAAUUACCUCCUUAUUCAACAUGAAAGAAUUCAUACAGGUGAGAAGCCAUAUGUAUGUAAUGAUUGUGGAAAAGCUUUCAGUCGAGGGACAUACCUUAAGAAACAUAAGAGAAUCCAUACUGGAGAGAUACCCUAUAAAUGUAAUGAAUGUGGGAAAGAGUUCACUGACAAAGCAUCCUUUAUUUAUCAUCAGAGAAUUCAUACUGGAGAGAAACUUUAUGAAUGUAUUGAAUGUGGGAAAACUUUUAGCCAAAAAGCAAACCUUAAAAAACACAAAAUGAUUCAUACUGGAGAGAAGCCCUUUGGAUGUAAUGAAUGUGGGAAAGCUUUCCGAGAGAGGGGAAGUCUUAGUGUACAUAAGAGAAUUCAUACAGGAGAGAAACCCUUUGAAUGCAAUGAAUGUGGAAAAGCCUUUCGAGAGAGGGGAAGUCUUAGUGCACAUCAAGAAAAGCAUGCUGAAGAAAAGCUGUAUAAAUGUGAGGAAUGUGGGAAAACCUUCAGAUACAAGGGAUAUUUUAGUAUCCAUCAGAGAACUCAUACUCAAGAGAAAUGCUAUAAAUGCAAAGAAUGUGGGAAGGACUUCAGCCUACGGGCAUCCUAUAUUAUUCACCAGAGAAUUCACACUGGAGAGAAGCCCUAUAAGUGUCACAUCUGUGGGAAAGCUUUCAGUUAUAAUACAUCCCACAAAAGUGGCACCAUUCUUCCAGGUCCUCAGGCUCACAACCUAGGAGUCUUCCUGGAUUCCUCUUCUCUUGCCAAACUGCACCCCCAUAUCCAAUCUGUUGUCAAGGUCUAUUAUUUUCACCUCUGCAACAUAUCUCGAAUAUGCCCCCUUCUCUCUAGAAUGGUCCCCAGCCUAGUGCAGGUCCCCAUCACCUCAUGCUUUGAUUCCUGCAAUAGCUUGCCACCGGCAGAUGAGCAGACCGGAGGCGGGGCUAAGGGAGGAGGGACCAGAGGAAUUCGUGAAGCCGCCACGUGGCAGACUACAGUGCGCCUGCGCGGAAGGCGCCUCGAGCCUACAUCUCCCAAACUCCUCUUAGACCUCCUCCCGCCCCUCGCCAGUUCCUUCCUUCUUUUCAAGGACUCAGACUUCAUUUCCCAGGAUGCCUCUGUGAAGACACGCUGA